AUGGUUACAUUAUUUAAAAAAUAUCAUUUUAUUUUUUUACAGUGUCUCGGUGUUGUUAAUCUCACACCAUUUGUACAAUCGACAUGUCAUCAAUUUACCGACAUAAGAAAAUCUAAAAUUCUCGUUAUUAUGUUAUUAAGUAACGCCGAUAAUGUUUGUUUAAGUUUUGGCAUUUGCAUUGCUUAUUACAUGGCAAUUAGAAAAACAAAAAAAAUUUGUCAUUUUGUUAACAAAUUAAAUUAUUUAAACGAUGCCCUAUCGAAAACUACCCUCGAUACUACCGAUUCUCAAAUGAAUAGUAUUUCAUAUUUAAUCAUUAUAGAAAUCACUUUAAUUAUAUCGAUAUUGAUUAUGUCUUUGAGUACCGAAAAUACCAUAAUACUCGGUUAUUGUCUUUGGUUUUAUUUUUUCAAUUCUCUUUUUUUCAUCGGUUUUGACAUGUUGUUCGUUAUAUUAGUUAAAAAUAUAUAUUUCGCUUUGGAAAAAAUUAAUCUGACUUUAAAAACGUUACCCAAAAAUAAUUUUACCCCUCUUAAAAAUCUAGAAUAUAUAAAUUCGGAGCUGUAUGAUGUUUCCGAUGAAGUGAAUAAUUGUUUUACCAAAUAUCUUCUUGUGAUAACAAGUUGCGAAUUUUUAGAUUUGAUAACGAGUAGGAAAAAAAUUUUCAAAAUGUCGGAUCCUUUAUAUAUAUAUUCUACAAUAUUAGUAUCAAUAUUAGCACAUUUACGAAUCGAAUAUUGUUAUUUUAUGAAAGUUAAAAUCGAUGAUUUUUUCACAUUCAUAUUCGUUAUUCUUCACAGCGUUGGAAAUCACGCGGCAUUAAAUAUCGUUGAUGAUUUUAACGAUUGUUUCGGUUCCGUUUUAUUAAUAUCCGCUUUUAAAGAAUUUGUCGUUUUUGUUUGUACUCCAUUUUAUGGCGUUGUUAAUCCAUCGAAAUUUUUAGGAGUUCAAGAAUAUAUUGUUUGUUUUGUCGAAAGACUUUUACAAUCUCUCGAUUCGAUUACAUUUGCCGUUAAUUGUUUGGGUUGUACAUUAUUAAUACUUUUAAGAAGGAAAAUAAUGUUAAAUAUAAUUCAACAAUUAAAUAAUUUUUCAUUGAAAUUUUUACCCCAAUAUCGUUUGAGAGAAUUAAAAAAAUUAUCAAUUGGAUUAUCGAUUUUUUCUUUUUGUUUUUCUUUAGUGUUUUCCAUAACGGAUGGUAUCGUCAUGUUGAAAACCAUAAAAGAAGUUUCCCUAGGAAUUAUGUAUUAUCUUUUCUUAUGUAGAGGUCCUGAGGGGAAAAAUUAUUAUUUAAAUGGUUUUAAAUUUCUUAUUGAAACUGAUGGUUGGAUAAAAGAUUUAACUGAACAAUGUUUUUCUACAUUUUCUCUAUAUGGAGUUUGCAUAAGUGCUGUCGUUCUUUUUGAAAUUGUUUACAUAACCGUUUUUUAUUAUAUGACACCUACAGCAUUAAGUGAACUUCUUGCAUCGAUUGUAUUAAUUUUUUAUUUUCUUUCACAAUUUUUUGGAAUUGUUAUAGUCUCUGUUUUAUCUGUACAAGAGGCAGAAAAAACAGCAAAUUAUCUUCAUGAAUUAUUUAUUGAUAAUGAUGAUGUUGAUGUUAAAGAAGAGAUAGAAAUAUUUUCUUUGCAACUCCUUCAUAGGAAAGUAGAAUUUAAUGCUUGUGGAUUUUUCAAAUUGGAUUUUACAUUAUUGUAUUCUAUGGUUGGAGCUGUGACAACAUAUAUUAUAAUAUUAAUGCAGUUUCAAGAUACUGAAGAAACUUCAACAAGCAAUGCAGCAAACACAACCAUAAAUACAAGUGUUUGA